AACGAACAUUUGUGACAUGUUUUUUUAAUUUUUAUUUUAUUUAACAAACAGUUGAGAAGAAGAGAACAUGGUGGUGACGCUCACUCAUUUCUUCUUCUUCACCUUCUCUCCUAAAACUAAAACUGCACUUUCUUCCUCUCUCCGACGCGCCGCCACAAAAUUCCAUUUCUACCCUCCUCCUCCUGCCACCGUUGCAUGCACCCGCCGUGCCAUGGAGGACCAGGACCUUCACUCCGUCACUCAAGACUUUAAGAAUCACAGUCUCCACGGUGGUCGCAAGUUGAAUCUCGAAGAUCUCAAUUGGGACAAUUCCUUCGUUCGAGAAUUGCCCCCUGAUCCCAGAACCGAUUCCCUUCCCCGAGAGGUGCUGCAUGCUUGUUAUUCUAAAGUAUCACCUUCAGUGGAAGUGGAUGAUCCUCAACUUGUGGCUUGGUCCCAACCGGUUGCUGACCUGCUCGAUUUGGACCAUCAAGAAUUUGAAAGGCCAGAAUUUCCCCUUUUCUUCUCUGGUGCAACACCUUUGGUUGGAGCGUUCCCUUAUGCUCAGUGCUACGGUGGACACCAAUUUGGUAUGUGGGCUGGGCAGUUGGGUGAUGGUAGGGCAAUUACGCUAGGGGAGAUACUAAAUGCAAAGUCUGAAAGGUGGGAACUGCAACUUAAAGGCUCGGGCAAGACUCCUUAUAGUCGGUUUGCUGAUGGUCUUGCAGUACUACGUAGCAGCGUCAGGGAGUUCCUUUGCAGUGAAGCAAUGCACCACCUGGGGAUACCAACAAGUCGUGCCCUUUGUCUAGUGACCACUGGGAAGCUGGUCACUCGAGAUAUGUUCUAUGAUGGAAAUCCAAAAGAAGAACCUGGUGCAAUCGUUUGCAGAGUAGCCCAAUCUUUUCUACGUUUUGGGUCAUUCCAAAUACAUGCCUCCAGAGGUAAUGAGGACAUAGGUAUUGUUCGUGGUUUGGCAGACUAUGCUAUCAAGCACCACUUUCCUCAUAUUGAGAACAUGAGCAAGAGUGAAACCUUAUCUUUCAGCACCGGUGAUGAAGAUCAUUCCGUUGUGGAUCUUACUUCAAACAAGUAUGCAGCGUGGGCGGUGGAGGUUGCUGAACGUACCGCUUCCUUAAUUGCUAGAUGGCAGGGGGUUGGUUUCACUCAUGGUGUGAUGAACACGGAUAAUAUGAGCAUUUUGGGUCUUACUAUCGAUUAUGGUCCAUUUGGAUUUUUGGAUGCUUUUGACCCUAAAUUUACACCAAAUACCACAGAUCUUCCUGGUAGAAGAUACUGUUUUGCAAACCAGCCUGACAUUGGUUUAUGGAAUCUUGCACAGUUCACAGCAGCACUGUCAACGGCUCAUUUAAUAGACGAUAAAGAGGCAAACUAUGCUUUGGAAAGAUAUGGAACAAGAUUUAUGGAUGAUUAUCAAGCUAUAAUGACCAAAAAGCUUGGCCUCCCUAAGUACAAUAAGCAGCUGAUUGGUAAACUUCUUAGUAACAUGGCUGUUGACAAAGUUGAUUAUACAAACUUCUUUCGUACACUAUCAAAUAUUAAAGCAGACACAAGCAUUCCAGAUGAUGAAUUGCUAGUCCCACUAAAGUCGGUGCUCUUAGAUAUGGGCAAGGAGCGUAAGGAAGCUUGGACCAGUUGGUUAAAAACCUACAUACAUGAGCUGUCCACCGGUGGUAUUUCUGAUGAAGAGAGGAAGACCUCAAUGGAUUUGGUAAAUCCUAAAUAUAUUCUGAGGAACUAUCUUUGCCAGACUGCAAUUGAUGCUGCUGAAAUUGGUGAUUUUGGAGAAGUCCGUAGGUUGCUCAAAUUAAUGGAGCAUCCUUUUGAUGAGCAACCUGGAAUGGAAAAGUAUGCUCGCUUGCCCCCAGCGUGGGCAUAUCGACCAGGCGUAUGUAUGCUUUCUUGUUCUUCAUGAGUUGUUUGCCCAGGUAGGCGCAUUCCAGCUACCAGAAAUAGGAGAAAAGGAUAUAUAUAAAAAGAAAAAGAAACUUGUACACACAGAAACUAGGAAUUGAGAAAGAAAAAAAUAGUGUGUAUUUGCCUAUUGUAUUGUACUAGUACAGAUGAGUUGGAAAACAAGUCUGGAAGAAUCAUCACUUUCACAUCCAGUUAGACAACAAUUGGGAUGCAAUUUAUAGUUUAUAAAGAGUUAAGUUACUAUUA